UUUAUUUUGUUUUCAUAGACGUACAGAGAGGUUACACAGUGUAGUUCCGGAAAGAAAUGGCAUCUUUGGAUAGGGUGAAAGUGUUGGUCUUGGGAGAUUCUGGAGUAGGGAAGUCCUCUCUUGUACAUUUACUUUGCCAGAAUCAAGUUUUGGGGAAUCCUUCAUGGACUGUAGGCUGCUCAGUGGACGUCAGGGUACAUGACUACAGAGAAGGCACUCCAGACGAGAAGACGUACUACACUGAACUCUGGGACGUUGGAGGAUCUGUUGGCAGUGCCAGCAGUGUUAAAAGCUCUAGAGCUGUGUUUUACAAUUCUGUAAAUGGUAUUAUUUUAGUUCAUGAUCUGACCAACAAGAAAUCCUCCCAGAAUCUGUACCGCUGGUCACUGGAGGCGCUGAGCAAAGACUCCUCUCCAACUGGCAUCAUUGUAUCAAAUGGAGAUUAUGAUAGAGAACAGUUUGCAGAGAACUCAGUUCCUCUCCUGCUAAUUGGCACCAAAUUUGAUCAGAUCCCGGAAAACAAGAGGAACGAUGUCCUGACCCGCACUGCCUUUCUGUCUGAAGACUUUAAUGCGGAAGAGAUUAACCUUGAUUGUACAAAUCCACGGUAUCUUGCGGCCGGAUCAUCAAAUGCUGUUAAAUUGAGCCGUUUUUUUGACAAGGUAAUAGAGAAGAGAUACUUCACAAGAGACCCUAGCCAGAUGCAGAGUUUCACAGACAGGAGGCGCUUUAAUUUCAAGAGUCUGCACAGUGAUUGAGUGUACACAUAUACUUUAGAUUGGUGGGUUUAGUCCAGUUUGUAAUCUGAAUAAGCAUAUGAAUAUUCUUCCGCCAUCAUGUUCUUCUGCAAGACCAAUUAGUUUGAGGGAAUGUUUUUUU